AUGGCUUCCUCUCAAAACAUCCUUGUCAUUGGCGCCGGGGAGCUGGGCCACCAGGUCCUACGCUUCCUGGCGCAGCACCCAAAGCAUCAAGCCAUAACUGUAUCGGUAUUGUUACGUCCAGCGAGUCCGAGCCUCUCCCCAAAUGAUCCUAAACAGAAGAAGCUCGACAGUCUUCAACAACUAGGUAUCCACAUAGUCCCAGCCGACAUCGUCAAAGACAACGAACAAGCACUAUCCUCGAUCUUCGCCCGCUACGACACCAUCAUCAGCUGUACGGGGUUUGUCUCAGGCAGAGGAACACAAGUCAAAUUAACCCGCGCCGUCCUAUCAUCCGCCACCGGAAGAACCAGAACCACGCGAUACAUCCCCUGGCAGUUCGGGGUGGACUACGAUAUCAUCGGACGAGGCUCCGCGCAAGAUGUUUUCGACGAGCAACUUGACGUCCGUGACAUGUUGCGUUCUUCUUCUUUACAAACAAAGACGAACUUGCAGUGGACGAUCAUCUCCACGGGCAUGUUCACGAGUUUCCUAUUCGAGCCGUCGUUUGGAGUCGUCGAUCUUGAAAAUACCAGCAUUUGUGCCCUGGGUAGCUGGGAGAAUCGAGUCACGCUGACCACACCAGCGGAUAUCGGGAGGAUAACAGCGGAAAUCGUCCUGAGCGAGAGUCAGAGCGAGAGCGCUACUGCCUCCUUCAGCUCCGACUCCAACCCCGACUCCGGCAAAGUGCUAUUCAUCGGCGGCGACACAAUCAGCUACGCCGAGCUCGCGGCGCUCGUCGAGAGAAUCGUGCAGAAACCAUUCCACAGGAGCCUCCUCACUGUAGAAGAUGCACGGAACGCGCUCGCUCGGGAUCCAGGGAAUGCCUUACUCAAGUAUCAGAUUGUGUUUGGGCAGGGUCGGGGGGUUUGGUGGGACUUAGAGGGGACGUGGAAUUGGCAGUGUGGGAUGCGUGCAAUGACGGCGGCGGAGUGGGCGGGGGAGAAUUUGAAUCUGGUGUGA